AUGCAGCUAGUCGCUAUCCUUGGCAUGCUGGCCUUUGCGGCCUCUGCCGAAGCCGCGCCGGCCAACCCCCUCAGCCGCAGGACCUUCCAGUCGGCCAUCAAGAACGUCGUCAUCCUGGUCAUGGAGAACCGCUCGCUGGACAACCUCCUGGGCGGCCAGACGACGGCGGGGCUCGAAAACCCCGUCAACAGCGGGCCCUACUGCAACCCCUACAGCCUGACCAAUGCGUCCAUGGGCACCGUCUGCACAGUUGCCAACGACUACGACUCCAUCCUCAACGACCCGGACCACGCCGUCUACGGCAACAACAUGGAGUUCUACGGCACCUUUACCCCGAGCAACGCCGCCAUCGCCGCCGGCACGCUGGUCCCCACCCAGCAGGGCUUCGUCCAGGAGCAGCUGCGCCUGUAUAGCUCCGUCAGCAAGACGACGCUGGCCAAGCAGGUCAUGGGCUACUACACCGAGGCCCAGGUUCCCGUCCUGACCACUCUCGUCAAGAACUUUGUCACGUUCAACCAUUGGCACUCUGACGUGCCCGGGCCAACCGACCCGAACCGGCUCGCGCUCGUGUCGGGCAGCACGUACGGGCACGGCAGCAACGACGCGACCUUCAAAGCGAAAGGCUUCAACCAGAAGUCGCUGUUCCAGUCCGUCACCGAGAGCGGGCGGGCGUGGCGUAACUACCACGACGCGGCGGGCGGCACGGGGCCCGAGGCGAGCUGGUUCAACUGGACGUACGCAGCCGGCCUCUCCAACCGCGUCGUCAACCUGCCGCAGUUCUACGUCGACGCGGCCGCCGGCAACCUGACAGCCCUGAGCUUCCUCAACCCGUCGUGCUGCGGCGUCGGCACGACCUCGAUGCACCCGUCGGGCCUGAUCUCGGCCGGCGAGGGCCUCAUCAAGACGGUCUACGAGGCCCUGCGCGCCGGCCCGCAGUGGAACACGACACUGCUAAUCAUCACGUUCGACGAGACGGGCGGGUUCCACGACCACGUCCCGCCGCCGCUGGCGCCCGCGCCCGACGCCCUGACGUACACGGCGUCGACGCCGAGCGGGGGCAGCUACACGCUGCCGUUCAACCGGCUCGGCGGCCGCGUGCCCACGCUGCUGGUGUCGCCGUGGGUCGCCAAGGGGUUUGUCGAGCAGAAGGCUGCUAACGCCGCCGGCAGCACCGUCUCGUACUCGGCUACGUCGAUCCUUAACACGCUUGGGUUGUUGUGGGGCUUUGCGCCGUACAACCCGCGCGUAGCGGCUGCGCCGCCGUUUGACCACCUUAUUCAGACGACUUUGCGCACCGAUGCGCCGCUCACGCUGCCGGCGGCCACGCCGUUUCGCGCGGCCAAGAUGUUGCACUAA